GAGGUAACGAAGUUAUAGGGCAGCCUGAAACAAGGAUAAAGUAUAAACAAUUUACGGAAAUGCCAGAGAGCCCUAAUGACGAAGUUGUAAUCUCUUAUGGCUCUCGAAAGCCAAACAGUGGCAGGGAGGAGAAGUCUGCUAACGUUACUAGUUUAAGUUCAGAAGCAAAAAGAGAACAUCGAACAAUGGUUGGACUUGGUACCAGAGAAGAUGAAUAUUCGAGGAACACUCACAAGGUAUCUGAAGCAUUGAAAGUUCAAGAGAUCGAUGCCAAAAAGGCCUCCAUAUCUCAGAGGCUGUCUGAAACUAGAAUGAAGAAAGAGGAAGGAUGUUCAACUGAUGUCAUUACUUCAAAUGAUGAUGCAGAAAUGAAACAGCAGUCUGACCAGGCUACCAUGCUAAAGGACAAAAGAAGAAAAUCCCAACAAUUGACAAAAAAGGGAAGCAGUUCCAUUUCAACGAUGCAAUCAGAUAGUAGGAUUAUAAAACAAGAAGAGAAUGUGAACUUAAUGUAUGGCUCAUUUACAGAGUCCAAAGAUCAACACUUUCAAACACAUGCAGAGAACUUUGGAAGAACAGAUGUCAGAAUUGGAGCUCAACAAAUGACUAAUGAAAUAUUCACCCAUUCAGGUGGUUUAAUUGGCGCAAAAGAUGGAAACAAGACAAGAUCAGAGACACUGAUGACACCUCCAUCUUCUCAGUUAGCAGCAAGAGAUGAAUCGCACAUUGAAUCAAUGAGUGGGCUCAUGUUUGAGGAGGUGCCUGAUGGAAGUUUAGUAAGUGGCUCUACUGCAUUACAUAAACAUGUCCUAGGGAGGUCCCCAUCCUUGCAUCAUGAAAAAUAUGGAGGGACCAAGAACGAUAAAGCUAAUGAACAGCCUUCUAUGUUCAUCUCCAAUGAAGAUGAAAUUGGUUCAGCUGAGCAAUUACAGAAAUCUUCCGCACACUAUGUUAGUGAGUUUGCUGAGAAGGCAAGGCAUGAAAUUUCAACUUCUGAAAUCCAGGAGGAGAAGAAAACUUAUGAAUCUGAGUUUGUGCGCGAGGAGGAGCAAAGCGACCGAAAGAGUUCAAGUCAAUAUGUUUCUCUAGAGUCUGAAUCUGAAGAGCAUCACUCAAGGCAUCCCUCUAGUGGUUCUAAAACAAAGGGGCCGUCAGAUGAAACAUGGGAGGUUGAUGAACCAUCUGUUCAGGAUCAUUCUAAGACAGGAGUACAAGACGAUGCAAGCAAACCCGAGAAUGCAAUUGUCAAGAGAGCAGGCAGGUCCUUGUGGAAUAUCAUUGGUGAUAUUGUUCGUUUGAAGUGGUCUACACGUUCUGAAAGCCAUAGCACAGGUGGAAAGUCAGGUGGGGUUUCACCCAAUCAGUCUACAAGUAGCAAUGCAUGGUUUUCUGGUCACGAAGCUGAAGAAGAUGGAGUGAGUGGAAGAAAAGAAAAAAUGUUGACAGAAGAACCUGCAUCCAUCCACCAAAAACAAAAAAAGACUAGCACUCGAAGUAAAGAAGACAGCUCCAGUACCUUAACUGUAGAGGCUUAUGCAAAACCUGUAGGAGUGGAUACACUAUACUCUUCAACUGCCCUCGAAAGUCGUUCAGCAUCUAUGACCAUUUCUUUUCCUUCCAUUGAAGAAACUUCCAAAAGUAACUUUGAAGGAUCCUCUUCUGGUGCUCCAGUAUCAGAGUCCUUAAUACCAUUGCCUGCAAUGCGUCUCCGAAGAUCUCCCAUUGUGAAAGAAAUUGCUGAGGCUGCAGAAGCUGGUUCAUCUUGUAGUGACACAAGUAGGCAACCAGUUUCCACUGAUUUGAUGGAAAAAUCAAGGCCAGAGGUGGAUGAGAAAUUGAAACAAAGGAAACUUCAGAGGAAAGACCAAAUCUCAAAAGAUAGAUUUGACGAAUGGGAAGAAGCAUAUAGAGUUGAAGCAGAGCAAAGAAAAAUUGAUGAAAUGUUUAUGAGGGAAGCACUUUUGGAAGCCAAAAAAGCUGCUGACAACUGGGAGGUGCCUGUUGGGGCUGUGCUGGUGCAGGGUGGAAAGAUAAUUGCUCGUGGAUGCAACCUGGUAGAAGAGUUACGUGACUCCACUGCCCAUGCAGAAAUGAUCUGCAUACGGGAUGCUUCAAACGUGCUCAGGACAUGGAGGCUUUCAGAAACUACACUUUAUGUUACUCUUGAACCAUGUCCAAUGUGCGCUGGAGCAAUACUUCAAGCUAGAAUUGACACUGUUGUGUGGGGAGCCCCCAAUAAGCUACUAGGAGCUGAUGGCAGCUGGAUUAGGCUUUUACCUAGUGGAGAUGGUGGAAAUGGGUUGGAACAAAUGGACAAGCCUGCUGCUCCAGUUCACCCGUUCCACCCCAAAAUAACAAUUCGACGAGUAUUGGCUUCAGAGUGUGCUGAUGCUAUGCAACGGUUCUUUCAGUUAAGGAGAAGGGAGAAGGAGAAGAAAUCUGAGCCUUCCACACCACCUUCAUGCCUUCCCAUUUCACACCGUCCCACGAAGUUCUUAACCAAGAUGCACGAUGCCUUCAACAUCAUGUUCUGUUUCAUGCACUUCUCUUCCCUGAGGAUGGGCAUCGGAAGGGAAAAAUAUCAGCUUGGGAUCCUGUCGGCAUUUUCUCCUACUUCUUCUUUGGAUUCAUGUCACGUUUAACAGAAUCAUUUCUAGAUUCUUCUGUUCUAGCUUUUAGUGUUUUGGCACAUAUCGGAUUUGUUUCUAUUACAUUCAUUUUUCUAGAUCUUUAAGGCUUCUGAAUUUGUGGAUAGAUUGGUGGUUUCCUUUGUUUAGUUUUUCCACAGACGGCACCAAUUUAUUGAUGAUAUAAAUCGGAUCAACAAAUCCUACU